AUGGCCACAAGGUCAGUCUCCUGUGAACCAAAAACCCUGUAUUCUGUCCUCCACUUUCUUCACAAAACCCAUCACCAACGUCUCCGGCCUUUCUCUUCGCACAUUCCACCUCUCUCAGACCAACCAUUACCACACCUUGUCAACGAGAUCUCUCGAAUACUCGGUGACCAUCGGAAUCCUCAUGACGACGUAGAACUCUCCCUCGACACAUUUUCAACUCAUAUGUCUACAAACUUGGUGGAGCAGGUCUUGAAGAGGUGCAAGAAUCUUGGGUUCUCUGCUCGCAGGUUCUUUCUUUGGGCUAAAACAAUUCCGGGCUUAGAGCAUAAUUUUGAGAACUAUCAGAUCUUGGUUGAUAUCCUGGGAAGUAGUAAGCAGUUUGCUAUAUUAUGGGAUUUUCUUAUAGAAAUAAGAAAGGCUCGUUGUUGUGAGAUUAAUCCAAAAAUUUUCUGGGUUGUUUUUAAAGUUUAUAGUGGAGCUAAUCUUCCGGAAGAUGCGAUUCGAGCUUUCAAUAGAAUGGUUGAUUUUGAUAUCAAGCCGGGAGUUGAUGAUCUUGACCAGCUUUUGUAUGUGUUAUGCAAAAGGAAGCACGUGAGGCAGGCCCAACAAUUUUUUGAUAAAGUAAAGAGUGGGUUGGUGCUGAAUGCGAAAACUUAUACCAUUUUGAUGGGAGGAUGGGGGGAUAUCUGCGAGCCAAAUGAGGCGCGUAAGUUGUUCGAUGAAAUGCUCGAACGAGGAUGUAAGGUGGAUGUUUCAGCGUAUAAUAGUUUGUUGGAGGCUCUAUGCAAAGGUGGAAAUGUGGAUGAAGCGUACAAGAUGUUUCGGGAGAUGGACAGUGUAUUAAAAUAUUGGCUGCUCCCUAGCAGAACUCAAACAGCCCCCAACUCUAUCAUGUCUAAAACCCUUCUUUCUCGCAUCAAACCCCUUCACAGACCCAAACCCAUUUAUUUUUCUUCUUCUCCAUUUCCCUGCAGGCCCUACGUCAAACUAGUUCAAGACUGUGUCCAAAUCCUCAAAAACCAUGAACAAUGGGAGAAGUCCCUUGAAAUCCACUUCGCCGAAUCCCAAGUCCUUGUUUCGGACAUUGCCCAUCACGUUUUAGACAGAAUACAUGAUGUAGAACUGGGUUUGAAGUUCUUCGAUUGGGCUUCAAAGCGACCGUAUAGUUGUUCGCUCGAUGGAUAUGCUUAUUCUUCGCUUUUGAGGCUUUUAGCUAGGUUUAAAGUGUUUUCGGAAAUUGAAUUGGUGUUGAAGAGUUUGAACCUUAAUGAACUAAAGCUGACCCCUGAAGCAUUAAGUGCUGUAAUUCACGCGUAUGCGGAUUCUGGAUUGGUAGAUAAGGCUCUUGAAUUUUAUUUUAUGGCUGGUGAAAUGCAUGAAUGUGUUCCGAGUGUUUAUGCAUGUAAUUCGUUGCUUGAUGUUCUUGUGAAGCAUCGGAGAACUGAAAUCGCAUUUCAGGUGUAUGAUGAAAUGCUUAAGAACUCUUGUGUGGAUAAUUAUAGCACUUGUAUCAUGGUUAGGUGUUUGUCUAAGGAAGGGAAGGCCAACGAAGGUAAGAAGUUGAUUGAAAAUAUGUGGGGGGAGGAUUGUGUCCCGAAUGUAGUGUUUUACAAUACACUCAUCGACGGGUAUUGCAAGAGAGGUGAUAUUGAGAGUGCUAGCAGGCUUUUCAAGGAGUUGAAAUUGAAGGGAUUUUUGCCUACAUCGGAGACUUAUGGGGCUAUGAUAUAUGGGUUUUGCAAAGAAGGGAACUUUGAGGUGAUUGAUCGACUUUUGGUGGAAAUGAAAGAUAGGGGUUUGAAUAUUAAUGUUCAGGUUUAUAAUAAUAUAAUCGAUGCUCAAAAUAAGCAUCACCAUACAGUUGAAGCAGUGACGAUGAUGGGGAGAAUGAUUGAGAGUGGUUGUGAGCCGGAUAUUAUAACCUACAAUACGCUGAUAAAUGGUUCAUGUAGGGAGAGGAAGGUUAAGGAAGCUGAAAAACUUCUGGAGCAGGCAUUGCAAAGGGGAUUAAAGCCGAACAAGUUUACUUAUACUCCUCUUAUACAUGGCUAUUGCAGACAAGGGGAAUACUUAAGGGCCUCAGAUUUGCUUAUUAAGAUGAUGGAAGAAGGGGAAAAACCCGAUUUGGUGUCUUAUGGAGCUCUCAUGCAUGGACUUGUUGUUACAGGGCAAGUUGAUGCUGCAUUGACAAUGCGAGACAAUAUGAUGGAAAGGGGAGUAUUGCCUGAUGCUGGUAUUUACAAUGUUUUGAUGAGUGGACUCUGCAGGAAAGGGAGGCUUCCCGAUGCAAAGCGGCUACUUGCUGAGAUGCUUGACCAAAACAUACAACCUGAUGAAUUCGUUUAUACCACUUUGGUGGAUGGAUUAAUCCGAAAUGGUGACAUUGAGGAAGCAAAGCAACUAUUUGAGCUCGCCAUUGAAAAAGGAAUAGACCCUGGUGUUGUGGGGUACAAUGCCAUGAUAAAAGGCUUCUGCAAAUUUGGAAUGAUAAAGGAUGCAUUCUCAUGCCUCAGUAGAAUGAGGAAAGGGCAUCAUGCUCCAGAUGUCUUUACUUAUACCACACUUAUUGACGGAUACAUAAAGCAGAAUGACUUGGAUGGUGCACUGAGGAUGUUUGGGCUGAUGCUGAAACAGAGAUGGAAGCCAAAUGUGGUCACAUACACCUCCCUCAUUAUGGGGUUUUGCAGUACCGGAGAUUCCAAUAGAGCUGAAAAAACUUUUAGAGAGAUGCAAUCUUGUGGUUUGGAACCUAAUGUUGUCACAUACAGCAUACUUAUUGGAAGGUUUUGCAAGGAGUGUAAACUUGCAAAAGCAGCCUCCUUUUUUGAACUGAUGUUGAUGAACAAGUGCGUUCCCAAUGACGUUACGUUUCAUUAUCUUGUAAAUGGGUUUGCAAAUACUCCACCCAGUUUAAUUCCCAAGGAAAGCAAUGAGCUUCAGGAGAGUAGUAAGUCUAUAUUUCUAGACUUUUUCGGAAUGAUGAUGUCUGAUGGAUGGAUGCAAAUGACUGCCACAUAUAAUUCUAUUAUCGUUUGCCUUUGCCAACAUGGAAUGGUUAAAACUGCUUUACAGUUACAAGAUAAGAUGAUCAGUAAGGGCUUCCUUGUAGAUUCUGUUUCUUUUACUGCCCUGCUGCAUGGAAUUUGCUUGGAAGGAAGAUCAGGGGAAUGGAAGGAGAUUAUCGCCUGCAAUUUGAACGAAAAGGAGCUCCAAACCGCUGUCAAAUACUCACUUAAAUUAAACCAAUACGCAAGUCAAGGAAGGACGUCUGAGGCUCCACUUAUUGUACAGACAUUGAUUGAAGACAAGAAGUCUAAUGAUCCACGAGUGGAAGAUCCAAAGCCUCAGUGAGGUGGUAAAACCUGAAAGACCUCAUCUUGGUCUGUCAAAAUCUGGGGAUCUUGCCUCACAAUUGUCUGGAACUACAUUUAGAUAUUAAUGAGCCACUUAUAUGAUAGUCUCGAAAUCUUUACUCUCUCCUUCAUCAAUGUGAGUUUCAAACACACCUUCUGCUGUAAUGUGAUGGAUAAACAUGUAGCAUGAAGAGACUCUUGGGGUUCCACGGCUACAUGAUAAAAUCUUGGCAGUUUGCUGCCAUUCAAGGAGAAGUGAAAUCAAAUAGCUGCUCAUACUCCAUUUCCGUUCUGUUUUACUGUAUGUUAACUGUCUUGUUUUACAAAGGCAACUUCACGAUAUCAGAGCAAAUCUUUAUAUUAACAUGAUAGUGAAGCAGACUUCGACUUUCAAAUUUUGAGGGGCUAUGUUGGGAUUCACAGUUCGGGAUUCAGAGACUUCCUGUUGAAACGAGAGCUUCUUUGAGCCAUUGUGGAUUCUGGAUUUGAACAUCCAUCAGAAG